CUGAAUAUUUCUCCCCACAGAUAGCCGGCUCUAUUGGAUCAACGGAUUUGGGAGUAUCGAAACAUACGACACAACGACGAAUGUUCGUAGUACCCUCGCCAAUAUAUCGACCCCGAUUGGACAUGUAGAACACAUAGUGGUAUACAACGGUACGUUCUAUUGGGCCGACAGUACUAGGGGCGGGAUAGGUCACAUCGAGCUGGGGAAUCCGACCAAUGUUGGCUUUGAGCAGAACAUCGUCGUGAGCGGGACGCAGCAGAGCCUAGCAGGAAUAAUGGACAUGAAAGUUUUCAUCGAUGUUGAUCCUUGCGUUUCCUCGCCUUGUGGUGAGGGCACCGUUUGCGUCAGCACCAUGUUUGCUUAUGAAUGUCAGGCGGCCACCACCCCUGCCACUGGGAAUAGCACUACCGAAGUCACAGACACCUCAACCAUGGGACCACCAGCUAACCCCUGUGAGGCCGAAGGUGACGCGUAUCCCUGCCAUGAGCUUUAUGGGGUCUGUGAGAACAUCGACGGAACCCCACUGUGUAGCUGCUAUGAUGGAUAUGACCUUGCUAAUGACGGAGUCACGUGCAUGGCUCAUUUAAACUGUUCCCAUUGUGAGAAUGGCGAGUGUGUUAUUAGCGACGCCGGCGCCAAAUGUGUCUGUGACUCCGGCUACAUGCAAGGGACUGGGGAACACACCUGUGAAGAUAUCAACGAAUGCAAAAGCGAAAGCUCCGUUUGCGACGUGGAGUAUGGCGAAUGUAAGAACACGGCCGGUGCAUACUACUGUAGCUGUAUUACAGGUUUCGUCACCGGCGGAAACGGACUCACGUGUCAAGUUGACUGUAGCCAGAACUCAUGCCAAAAUGGAGGUACCUGCUUGGACAAUCUGUGCUAUUGUCUAGAUGAUUUUGAAGGACUAUUAUGCGAAAUUGAGUAUAUGGACACCGCAACCGAUGAUCCAGAAGAAACUACAAACUUCGCUGACCACGAUGAACCUAUCGAAUGGAAGAUAGCAAGAAAAGUCAUAAUCAUUAUCACCGUGGUCACCCUCCUUAUCGUAAUCCUUAGUAUCGUCAUCGUUGUUAUCUGUUGCAGAUGCAAAAACGAUGACAAAGUCAAAGAAAAACCUAAUGCCUAAAUGUAAACAUGCGCUCGUUAGGAAGGCUUAUACUUCGUACUGUCGCACAGUGGGCCAGAGAGAAACUAAAGUGCGCCAAAAAUCAUUUUUGGUGUUUAUUUUUUUAAUUUAUUUUUUCUUGCCCAGUUGAAAGACACUACAUGUAAGAAUACCUCAGUAAAAUAUUCAAUUCCGGUAUGCACAAUAAGGGUAUAAAUUUACUCCUUCAAACAGCAAAAUCCUACAUACUCACAGUUUAGUGCAAAUGUGAGUUAUUUUAUAAAUCUUUCUAUUUUACAUAUUUAGCUCUUUAGUUCCUCCCUGGCCCACUGUGCUUUGGGUCUCCUAAUUGGUUACCCAAAAUUUCGUAAAAAAUUAAGCCUUAAUCAUUUUGGAAUCGCAACAGUAUAGGGUCCAGUCUUUAACGAUUUCAACUCGUUUUUCAAAUUUAAGGGCAUUUGAAGGGUCAUAUUUUCCAGAAGACAUUUGGUUUUGUGAUAUUUUUCCGAACUGUCGGAAAAAGGAGGAUAAAGUUCUCGAACUGUAACAGAGGCACACUGUGAAGUUCAUUAUAUAAGAAAAUAUUGUUCUUUCUAACUUGAAGAAGGAACUGCUUAUUUUCUUUUUUCAACUGUUCACUGGCAUUUUAUUCCCAUUAAUUUAAUUUUUUCGCGGUUUUCCCCUCCCAUUAUAUCCUCGUACUGAAUUGUAUUUUAGAAUAGCGGGCAAUAUGUUGUAAAAAUUGCCUGCAAAUGUUAAAUAGCCUUCAAAUUGUCAAUAGCCAGGCUAUGAUGCAGUAACUCAAUACUUGUCGUCAAAUAUAAAGACCAGUUAUGGCCAUGUGAUUGCAUUGUGAAAGAAACGUUGUGGAAUCGAUCAGAAGGUCAUUCAUCUAGCAUAUAAGUAUUAGAGUGUACUGCAAGGGUCUGAAAUCAACAAAAUGAUAAGAAAUUUGGCCCAGUCUUUGUAAAGUUACAAGCACUGUACACAGAAAGAUGUAUAUGUGACUACGCACACGUGCGCGACACGUGCGUUUAUCUCUUACAUACCAAUAGAUAAACUAAUUUACCAAAUAUAUCAAUUAUAAGGCGGUUUCCCGGCAAAAUUUUUAUCAUCAUGUAUUAGUCAAACAUAUUCUUUCGCAUGAUUGGUAAUAAGAGCUUCCAUUUCAUUUUUUUUUAAAUUGGGGCGUUUCCAAAACUGGUCUUUACCUUUUAAGAUAAUCUUUAGCUCUGGUAUGGGAAUAGAAUGCCGAGAUAACAUGCCAAUUACUCAUUGUUGAUUGUUUUUCCUGCAGUAAAUUGAUUGUUUGAACCAGUAAAAUAAAAAACAAACUUCCAAAAAAUUGAUGGAAAUCAUCUUCAAUAAAAAACCACAACUUUCAUUCUCGCACAGUGACCUGUGUUAAGCACACAGUGUCGGGCCUACUUACCUUUAUUUAAUUUUCUUUCCAUGCUUAUUACGAAGCCCCAAUACACUUUUUAACAAAAUCGUUUGGUACAUGUCAUUUAUUUGUUAUCUUGAACAUUCAUUGUUAGUUUUGUUGGAUUGCGGUUUAUCUAUGCACUUCCUUUUCAUCUUCGAUCAUUAUAACGAUUUGUCCUAUGAUUUCUUUACUUCGGAUAUCUAAAUGUUGAAGGAAAAUAUAACUCGUAUUAAGUUAAGAGCUGUAAAAAACUAAUACAUUAUUAGUAUAAUUAAACAAAGAGUUACUGUUAUAACGUGUAAUAAAUUAUGUACUUGUCUUUUCUUGUCACAUCUGUUUUUAACCCAUUAUGUAGCAUAAAGGCGAAUAUUAGUACAUUGUGUAAUUAUGUUAUUGGUAUGUUAUUAUGUAUGGUUUUCGUUUUUUUCAUUUAAUGUAGCUUUAUUAUUUCAUUUUUAAUAAAACAUAUCAAAUCAAAA